GUGCGGCGAGGCCACGCUUUACGUUUGGUAGGUAGCCAAAUUGUGUGGUGGAUCGUACCCAGUUCAGCAGGACGAGGAAAUCGUGAAUGUGCUGACGCGAAUGCUGCCAUCAAUGCAGACGCAACGGCGACAACCAAGAUGGCAUGAGCCGGCCAGUAUUGUGGCACACUCCAAACAACCUCUUAUACGGCUAUACCCUCCUUCGAUUACUACAAUGGGUGAUUUUAAUCUCUUCAAUUCAUGCCACUAAACGGCAAUAACGAAGUAACCAAAAGAAAGCGCCAUUCAUUUCUUUCCCCUUUCUCCUCUACAACGUGAGAACAGAAACGUGUUAUUGCUGCCCAUCUGGCGCACCAGGACAAUGGAUGAAUGGACCACAUAUAUAUUCGUCGGUUCUGUUGUCCUCUUUGCUGGAAGUGGACGUAAAGAGAGAGGAGUACAGCGGCUGCUUGCCUGAUUGCACGCGUGCCUUCCUCUGUGCCGAGUGGUACUGCUAUUUUUAUGAGACCCGUGAGCUGUGGGGAAAAGCUGCUGAGCUGUGGCCAAGGUACGUCGGCUCGGGCUCACUGUUGUCGUGAAUCCAACUUCACCCGUCUCCAUUGAUCUUGCUGAAUUCUCUUGUGAGCUGUGCGAGAAAGAAGGCCAUGGUGGACAAGACGGUGGUCCUGUACCCCUCCUUGGGUGUGGGCCAUCUGAACCCCAUGGUGCAGCUGGCCAAGGCUUUCCUCCGCCGCGGCGGCGUCGCCGUCACCAUUGCCGUCGUCGACCCGCCCGACAAGGACGCCGUGUUGGAGACUACGCUAGCGCGCCUUGCCGCGGCCAGUCCCUCCAUCACGGUCCGUUUCCUCCCCAUCCCGCCCUGCGACAGAAAGGAGUACUCCCACCCUCUCAUACCCAUCCUGGACGCGCUCCGCGUCGCGAACCCCGCGCUCCGGGACUUCCUCGGCUCGCUGACUGCCGUCGACGCCCUCGUGGUCGACAUGUUCUGCACCGAGGCGCUCGACGUCGCCGCGGAACUCGCCAUCCCUGCGUACAUCUUCUACCCGUCCGCGGCCGGCGACUUCGCGGUCUACCUUCAGAUUCCAGAUUUCUGCCGCGAGGCGCCUUGCUCGUUAAAGGAUAUGGGCAAGGCGCCGCUGAACUUCGCCGGCGUGCCGCCGGUCCGCGCGCUGGACAUGCCGGACACUAUGCAGGACCGAGAGACCGACGUGGGAAGGGUACGGCUGCAGCAGCUCGCCCGGAUGCCGGAAGCGACAGGCAUUCUGGUGAAUAGCUUCGACUGGUUGGAGGCGAGGGCACUGAAAGCGUUACGUGAAGGCCACUGCCUGCCCGGCCGCUCGACACCGAAAAUCUACUGCGUCGGGCCACUGGUCGACGGUGGCAGCACCGAUGAAAACGGCGAGAGGCACGCGUGCCUCGAAUGGCUGGACGGGCAGCCCAAGCGGAGCGUGGUGUUCCUCUGCUUUGGAAGCAUGGGCACCUUCUCGGCGGCGCAGCUGAAAGAGAUGGCGCGUGGUCUAGAGGGCUCCGGGCACAGGUUCUUGUGGUCCGUGCGAAGCCCACGCGAGGGGCAUAGCAACUCUCUCGAGCCUGAUCUGGAGGCGUUGCUUCCCGAUGGGUUCUUGAAGAGAACCAAAGACAGAGGACUGGUUGUGAAGAACUGGGCGCCGCAGACAGAGGUGCUGCGGCACGAGGCUGUGGGGGCGUUUGUGACUCACUGUGGGUGGAACUCGGCACUGGAGGCGAUCAUGGCCGGCGUGCCAAUGAUAUGCUGGCCGUUGUACGCGGAGCAGAGGCUCAACAAGGUGCACAUGGUGGAGGAGAUGAAGGUUGGGGUGGCGGUGGAGGGCUAUGACGAGGUGUUGGUGAAGGCUGACGAGGUGGACGCUAAGGUGAGGCUGGUGAUGGAAUCCGAGGAAGGGAAGAUGCUUAGAGAGAGGAUGGCGAUAGCGAAGGAGAUGGCUGCCGAUGCUGUCAAGGAAGGCGGGUCGUCUGACGUGGAACUUACUGAGUUUUUGAGGCAUUUGGGGAAUAUCAACCUAAAGAAUGAAGAGUGAAGGUGAUGGAGGCUAUGUAAUGGGCAGUGCCGUCCCGGAGAAUUUGGAGGCCCUGUGCCAAAAUUCUGAAACAGAUCCUCGGCAUUACUACUGUUAUCAUGAACGUCAUCAACAGUAUUAUCAAAAAUAAUUUAUCUA